UUGAGCUGGAGUGACGAAAUGGACAAUAUGCUUGGCGUGCUUAAUCGCCACGUAAAAACUUCAUUGAAAAAUAUAAAAAUCGCAUUCCAACGCGAUGGUUUUUCGUUCAAUGCUGAAUUCAAGCAAUAUUUCUUACGGUCUGCGAACAAACAAAUUGAGGAAACAUACGACCGGUUCGAAACUGAUUCAAUGUUGAAGGAUCAAAUCUACUUUGGUGCAUCCGACAACCCGCCAACAAUUGAUAUAUUCCCGAUGAUCAACUCAAUUUAUACCAAAAAUCAUUACUUCAACGGCAUUCGAACAGCAAUGAAUGGUCCAAUUGAAGUCAUCGACUCAAGCGAUGAAGAAGAUCAACCAGGAAAUCGGUUUAAAUUGGAGUCAUCGGAAACGUCAUCUACAAUUCAAUACGGUGAUCAAGACAUACCACCUGAACUACACGAUGAUGGUAGCCACAUGACGGACACUGGGGAAACUGAAAACGAAACGAAAGUGGCUGAAAUGGUAGAGACCGAUGGACACCGCGGAAUGGACCCAACAUAUGAUCCAUAUGCUUUGAACAAUAAACAAAACGUUGUUGGCGGCACCAAAAGUAACAAUAUUGGUGGAUCCAGUGGAAAAUGGGCUGAAUCGCGUUCGACUCGAAAAGUUUUGGAAACAAAACAGCUGAAGAUCCAGAAGCGAUUCAAAUGCGAACUUUGUGAUUAUUCUGGUGAUACCAAAUGGUUAAUUAAUCGCCACAUGCGCACACACACCGGCGAGAAGCCUUUUCUAUGUGACAUUUGCCGCAAAGGAUUCAAUCAACUAGUUCACAUGAAAAAGCACAAAGUGACUCACACCGAACAAGUUCCCUUCCAUUGCCGUGGCUGUUUCACUGGAUUUUCCCAGAAGUCCGAUCAAGCAGCACAUGAAAAAGUGUGCAAAUCACGUCGAUAUGAAUGCCAUUUCUGCAAGAAGUUUAUCACUGUGAAUAAAAAUCAAUUGAAGGACCAUAUGCGAAAGCACAACGGCAAAAACCCGUUUCGAUGCGAGAUUUGUAUGAAGGGUUUUACACUGAAAGGAAGUUUGAAGGCUCAUUUGAAUAACAUCCAUGCUAGAAUCGACCCAUACCUAGAACAAGAAUACAUGAUUUCCUUCAUUACCAAACUCACUAAUAAAUUUUAUUUCAAUUUGAUCUAUUCCAAUGUAGUUAAAAAUCCAAAAAUGUUGAACUGGAAUGACGAGAUGAACCAAAUGCUUGCUGCAUUCGAUCGCCAAGCCAAAUGUUCUCUGGCCAAUAUCAAAAAGGCACUCAAGCGCGAAGGUCAAACGCUCAAUGCUAAUUUCAAGCAAUAUUUUUUGCGCGUUUCAAAUGAACGGAUCAGGAACUCAUACGAUGAAUUCGAAAUUGGUUCAAUGUUCGAAGAUCAAAACAAUGUUAGUGCGUAUGGUAUCACGUCGACGACUGAUAUAUUCCCGAUGAUGAACUCAAUUUACACCAGAAAUCACGACUUCAACGGCAUUCGAAACCAAAUGGAUGAUCUGGGUAAAAUCAUCGAUUUAAGUGACGAUGAAGAUCAAUCAGGAAAUCGGAAUAAAAUGGAAUCAACAGAAGCAUCAUUUGGUAUUCAGUAUGAUAGUCAUGGUGAAACAUUUCAGUUGAAUGAUUUGUUUGAAAAUGAUGACGAUGGAAGCUAUGCUGACGAAAUGCCAGAAACAAACUUGAUUGGCAUUGAUUAUAACGAAGAUGUUUCGAAGAGCGAAGGUCAAGAUCGGGUCCAAAGGAUAGCUGCUAGCACAGUGAAAGUAGAUGACAACAUACCAUUGAUUGCAGUCAGUGAUCGUAAAAUGGACUCAAAAAAUAAACGUACAUCUACUGUCACAUCGAGUGAGGGAUCGAAAUUCGUUGAUGGUGCCAAAAUUAACAACACGACAGGAAGAUCAAAUGGAUGUCCAAAAGAAUCGGCUGAAUUGGAUUUGAAUCCGCAAUCAAUAAAGAAUAAAAAAUCAAUUUGGUCGAAUCGGAUGCAGGUGAAAAAACGAUUGAAAUGCCGACUUUGUGAAUAUUCCAGCAAUCUAAUGGGGAACAUUAAUCGCCACAUGCGUAUUCAUACAGGCGAUAGACCAUAUCAAUGUGACAUUUGCGACAAAGGCUUCACACAGUUGCACAACAUGAAAAAGCACAAAGUGACGCACACUGAUGAAAUCCCGUUCUAUUGCCGAGGCUGUUUCAAUGGAUUUUCUCGAAGAGCCGACCGAGAAACACAUGAGAAGGUGUGCAAAUAUCGUCGAUAUGAAUGCCAUAUUUGCAAGAAGUUCGUCAAUGUUGGUAAAAUUAAUUUGAAAUGGCAUAUGCGAAAGCACAGCGAUGAAAAAUCGUUCUGA